GGGGGCGGCUGCACGCCGGGAGCUGCGCCUCCGGCUGGCGGCGGGGGCGGCGGGCAGGGCACGUCCCUCGCUUGGCUUUUCCUGCAGCCGUUUCCCGUUUCGUCCUGCUGUACGCAGAGAGAUGCAACAGCGGCAGCCCAGUCCCCCGGGGAAGGACGGGACUCGGAGAUGCUGUCUUCUUGUGUACUGGUGUCUUCUAAGAAUGUGACUUGCUUUUAAAUAUUACUUUUAAAUGCAUGAAGGAUGUAAGUGAUAAUCCCAGAGGACCAUCUGUCCUGGAGCAGGCAUUGGAACCAAGUUACUAUGUGACUGGAAGGACUGAGUGCAAGUCAGAUGGUUUGACAGUGCCCUUCUCUCAUCUCAAGACCAAAAGACCCAGUGUUUGUGCACAGAGCCUACAGGCAUACUGCAUGAAAAGACAACAGAAUCAUUUGCUGAUAUGUUCCUGGGUUUCAGUCUUCAAACCUUAAUACAAGAAUAUCACUUGAAAAGUUUAACGAUGUGUGGAGAAUGAUGAGCAUAUACUGACAGAACAUAGGGACAUAAUAUGCUGUUAUGGAGUCAGUGGAUGAAGCUGAAGGACGGCAAGGAGAGCUGAACAAGAAGGAGCAGUCCUUGAAAGCCUCCCAGAAAACAGCAGCGCUCAGUUGGCCUCCCCGGUGGAAUGGAUUAAUACCCGGGGACAGCAUGUAUCUGUUUGUCCUCUCACAGAUACUGAUUCUCUGCAUGAUGCUAUGGUACAGCACUUAUGGGACCAUCCCAGCAGCUCAGAAUGCCUUCGACCUGCUCUCUUACUUGCUUGCCCCAUUUAAACAAGUUUUCUCAGACCAAGGGGAGAGCCUGACUACAGUUGGGAGUGUUGUGGUAUCAUACAUCCUGCUGUCUUUGGCUUCUCUAGGACUGCUAUUUGUAGGAUCUCUGUUUUGGCACCACCUCAGAGCCCGACCAGACCCCCCCUUUCCGCUGCAAGAGGACAGACGCCAGUCUGUGAGCCGGCAGCCUUCCUUCACAUACUCAGAGUGGACAGAGGAUAAAAAUGAGGAUGACUUCCUGGAUUUGGAUCCUGUACCAGAGACUCCAGUUUUUGACUGCAUGAUGGACAUUAAAGCGGAGACAGACCCAACUACUCUGACAGUUAAAUCCGUGGGCUUGCAAGAAAGGAGAGGCUCAAAUGUUUCACUCACACUGGAUAUGUGCACCCCAGGCUGCUCUGAGCAAGGCUUUGGCUAUGUCAUGUCCCCAAGGGAACAGUCAGCCCGAGAAUACCUCCAGACGGCAUCGAACAUCCUGACGGAAGAGGAGCUGCACAAGAAAGCACUGGAUCCUUUCAUACUCCAGGCAGAGUUCUUUGAAAUUCCAAUGAACUUUGUUGAUCCAAAAGAAUAUGAUAUUCCAGGCUUAGUGCGUAAGAAUCGCUACAAAACAAUUCUCCCAAAUCCUCACAGCAGAGUGUGCCUUACCUCAGCUGAUCAGGACGACCCCCUCAGCUCUUACAUCAACGCUAACUACAUCAGGGGCUAUGGAGGAGAGGAAAAGGUAUAUAUUGCUACUCAGGGACCGAUAGUUAAUACUGUCACUGACUUCUGGAGAAUGGUGUGGCAGGAGCGUUCUCCCAUCAUUGUCAUGAUUACCAAUAUAGAGGAGAUGAAUGAGAAAUGCACAGAAUAUUGGCCAGAGGAACAGGUCACCUAUGAAGGAAUAGAAAUCACAGUUAACAGAGUCAUACAAGCAGACGAUUACCGUUUAAGGCUCAUCACUCUAAAGAAAGAAGAAGAAGUCAGAAACCUGAAACAUUACUGGUACACAUCUUGGCCAGACCAGAAGACACCAGACCAGGCCCCUCCUCUGUUACAGCUAGUACUGGAAGUGGAAGAGGCCAUGCAGAAUGCAGAGGAGAAGAAUGCCCCAGUGAUUGUUCACUGCAGUGCAGGCAUCGGGAGGACUGGCUGCUUUAUUGCCACAAGUGUCUGUUGUAAACAGCUGAAGAACGAGGGCAUAGUUGACAUUUUGCGAACAGCCUGCCAGUUACGGUUAGACAGGGGAGGAAUGAUCCAGACAUGUGAACAGUAUCAAUUUGUCCAUCAUGUCAUGAGCUUGUAUGGAAAGCAGCUUUCUAGAGCAGCAGAAGAAUAAAUGUUCAUGAUAUUCCUAAAGGCUAAAGCCAGGAUAACUUUUGACUGCGCUCAGAUAUAUUUCAAAUCUGAUAAGAGACACAUGGUAACCUGGCUGUCUUAGCUGGAAAGAUAUUAUUUUACUUUGAUAUUGCUUUUAUGCUCUUGUUUGCAUUGACAUUUAAGAGCUGAGGUACGUCUUGUCUUUAAACGUAUGUGACAGGACAUAAUCUUCACCAAAAAAGGCUUAUUUAUACUGUAAAUAAUAAUAAUAGCUUCAUUUGUUACAAAA